AUGGCUACACCUUCGCUAGAAGCGCAGCUCCAGGCGCUGGGCAUGAUGAAAGGGCCCCUGCCUGCAGACCCUGUUGAUCGGGCCAACGUGGAGCACUGUCUCCGUCACGGCUACGUCGUGCUUGAGAACUGCUUCACCACGGAAGAGGCGGACGCCGCAAAGGCUCAGAUCGACCGGCUAAGUGGCUCCGAUCCGAUCAAAGGUCGGAACGCGUUUGAAGGGCUAAAUACGAAUCGGAUAUAUUCGCUAUUGAACAAGACGAGAGCGUUCGACAAGUUCGCAAUGCUCCCUCGUGUGCUCACCUUGAAUGACUACUUCUUGGACACGGGGUACAAUAUCACUGCUUUUCAUACCAUCCAGAUCAACCCCGGUGAAGCCCACCAAGGCUUGCAUCACGAUGACUCUUUCUGUCAUGUCCCACGUCCACGUAUGCCACUGGGAAGUGCGAUAAUUCUAGCAUUCGAUGAAUUCACUGCCGAGAAUGGCGCCACACGCAUCAUCCCCGGUAGUCAUACUUGGGGGGCCGACCGGCGUCCAAAGUACGACGAGACUGUGCCGAUGACCUGUCCCCCAGGGAGCGUCGUCUACUUCCUUGCCACAACGUGGCAUUGUGGCGGACCAAACAACUCCCUUAACCCCCGAAAGAGCGCGACGGUCCAAUACUGCCAGCCCUAUGUCCGACCAAUCGAAAACCAAAUUCUUGCAGUCGACCCUCGAAGACUCACUGAGAUCCCACGACGCAUUGUUGAAAUGAUGGGAUAUCAGAUCCACGCACCCUUUAUCGGUUACGCGGACGGCUUGAAUCCUAUCACUGCGGUGGAAAUUAAUCCGAACGUAGGAACUAUAACCACGACCAAGUCCAGUGAGAUGGCACAAGACAGAGUUUUGUCAUACGUUAUCACUUCUCCUGCGGCUCGCGAAAUUUCAGACAAGAUGGCCAAUGAAGAAUUUCAUGACUUCUACAAAUAUACCCCUUCCAAGGCUGCGGCCAUAGUCUUCAUUAUACUCUUUUUGCCAACCACUGGCUUUCACACAUUCCAACUCGUCAAAAGGAGUGUGUGGUUUUUCAUCCCUGUCGUUGUUGGGGGAAUCUUUGAGAUUGUAGGAUACAGCGCCCGCAUCAUCUCGAGUACCGAAGCGCCCUUAUUCACAGAUACGCCGUACAUUAUCCAAAACCUAUUUUUACUGCUAGCUCCAGCUCUGUUUGCUGCGUCGAUAUACAUGGAACUAGGACGCAUCAUUGCCAUCCUCCACGGCGAAAAGUUUUCGGUAAUACGAAGAACUUGGAUGACCAAGAUUUUUGUCACUGGUGACAUCCUUUCCUUUGUUGUUCAGGGAUGUGGCGGCGGAAUCAUGUCUAGCGGUACAAAGUCGAAUCUCUCGUUAGGCCAAAAGGUGAUCAUCGUUGGCCUGUGCAUCCAGCUUAUCUUUUUCGGCCUUUUCAUCAUUGUCUCGGUCAUCUUUCACCGCCGGAUGGCUGCUAGGCCAACGACAGCAUCACUAUCUAUCCAGGUUUCCUGGAGUAAAUACCUCUAUUCUCUUUACGCCGUCUCCGUCCUUAUCAUGAUCCGUUCCAUAUUUCGGAUUAUUGAAUACAUUCAGGGCGCGGACGGCACGCUCCUGAGCCGCGAAUUUUACCUCUAUAUUUUCGACGCCACGCUAAUGUGGAUUCUUAUGAUGGUGCUGAACGUCAUGCACCCGGGUGUGAUUUCCGAGUUGUUGAAGGGAGAUUCUCGGCUGAAAUCCGUUGGCAUGGAUAUGCACCCUGAGGAGCUUGGGCUUGCCGGAACUCAUGGUAAUAAUCCGAACUCAAUGAGGAAACAAAGGCCCAGUUUCGCGGAGACAACAUAUGCGAGGCAUGCUAUCGCAACGAGGGGCCUAGCUUGA